AUGACGACCGCCAUGGGCAAGCGCCUCGCGGGCAAGACUAUUGUUAUUACUGGCGCCUCAUCCGGCAUCGGCAAAGCGACCGCCGUCGAAUUCGCCCGCACCUCCCCCAAAGACCUCAAACUCGUCCUCACCGCCCGCCGCAAAGAGAAACUCACCGAGCUCGCUGAAGAAAUCAAAAAGGAAGUUGGAGAUGGAGUCAAGAUCCACCCUGUGCAGCUGGACAUUGGGAACGCCGACUCCGUGCGCUCUUUCGUUGGGGACUUGCCCAAAGAGUUCCAGAACAUUGACGUAUUGGUCAACAACGCGGGCAUGGUGAAAGGUGUGGAUAAGGCGGGGGAUAUCAAAGAACCCGACAUGAACGAGAUGUUCGCAACCAACGUCACCGGCCUGAUCAACAUGACCCAAGCCUGUCUUGCCGUCAUGAAGUCGCGAGGAGAAAGCGGCCAAGGCGACAUCAUCAACAUCGGCUCCAUCGCCGGCCGCGAACCCUACCCCGGCGGCUCCAUCUACUGCGCCACCAAAGCCGCUGUGCGCUCGUUCACCGACGCUAUGCGAAAGGAGUUGAUCGCGACACGGAUCCGGAUCAUGGAGAUCGACCCCGGACAGGUUGAGACGGAGUUUUCGCUCGUGCGGUUCGGAGGUGAUCAGAGUAAAGCGGACGCGGUGUAUAAGGGGGUCACGGCCUUGACGGGAGAGGACAUUGCGGAGACGGUGGUUUUUGUUGCCGGGAGGGGGGAGAAUGUUGUUGUGGCGGAUAUGCUUGUUUUUCCGAACCAUCAGUUCUAA